AACCCACGAACACCUCGCGACUCGAACCGAACAAAAGAGGCAGCUGCGGGCCGGGGGAGAGAGCACAAGUCAGGCUUUGCGUGCGAGGCGAGGCCCCGAUCCGAUUCGUUUCGCGUCAAGAGAGGGAGGCAUCGGCGGAGCGAGGGAGAUGGACGCCUUCUACUCGUCCUCGUCGGCGGCGUACGGCGCCGGCUGGGGCCACGACUCGCUCAAGAACUUCCGCCAGAUCACCCCCGCCGUCCAGACCCACCUCAAGCUCGUUUACCUCACCCUCUGCGUGGCGCUGGCCUCGUCGGCGGUAGGCGCUUACCUGCACGUCUCCUGGAACAUCGGCGGGAUGCUGACCAUGCUCGGCUGCGUCGGCAGCAUCGCCUGGCUCUUCUCGGUGCCUGUCUACGAGGAGAGGAAGAGGUAUGGACUGCUGAUGGCGGCUGCCCUUCUGGAAGGGGCGUCGGUUGGACCUCUGAUCAAGCUGGCUGUAGACUUUGACCCAAGCAUCCUGGUGACAGCAUUUGUUGGGACUGCUAUUGCCUUCGCGUGCUUCUCCUGCGCUGCCAUCGUCGCCAAGCGCCGGGAGUACCUCUACCUUGGUGGGCUGCUCUCUUCUGGCCUCUCCAUCCUGCUCUGGCUGCAGUUCGCCGCCUCCAUCUUUGGCCACUCCACUGGCAGCUUCAUGUUUGAGGUUUACUUUGGGCUUCUGAUCUUCCUGGGGUACAUGGUGUACGACACGCAGGAGAUCAUCGAGAGGGCCCACCACGGCGACAUGGACUACAUCAAGCACGCCCUCACCCUCUUCACCGACUUCGUGGCUGUCCUCGUCCGCAUCCUCGUCAUCAUGCUCAAGAACGCAGCUGACAAGUCGGAGGACAAGAAGAGGAAGAAGAGGUCGUGAGCGCUAGCUGGUACCCCCUCUGCACUUAGAAGCCACUGCUACAAGUAGCACUACUACCACUACUACUAGUAGUCUACUACAUGUGCGUUUGAGGAUGGAACGGAGCUGCCACACAACUGGGUGCUGUGGUGGCAACAAAGUGUUCAUUGGAUUCUCUCUUAGUUUGUUAGUUCUUUUGUGAAUCUCGUGUGAAGUUUGCUGAAGCUUUGCAUGUGGCCAUAUAUAUGGGUGCGCUACAAACGACUCGGAUGUUUCUGCCUGUGCUUACUGAAUGCUGGCGUUCUCCGAGCCUGAAAACAAACUCUUGAAGAAAUUGCAAUGUAAAUGUUGACGUUGCACA